AUGACCCCUACGGAGCAGACCCAAAUACAAUCAGGGGACCAAAGCGAGUGGAUCUUUCCAACUCAAAGUCUCAAACCCUGCAGAGUAGAGUACAUAAUUCCCCGACUUAUUAAUUCCCAAUUCCCAAAUAUGUACUUCCCAGGGUCAUCGGCCGGACAAAGUCUGGAAUCCAUCCAGAAGAAGAAAAAAGAAGAGAAAAAGAAGAAAAACUUUUGGACUUGUGAUCAGCGCAUAGACCUUUCUAAAGAAACUUUAGGAAUGAAAUUCUAG